AUGGCCACUGUAAACGACCUUUUGAAGGGCAUCGUGGCUUCUCUCGAGCAAACGGAAGCCUCAGUUCGUGCCGUCGACGAUAAGUUCAUCCAAAACGAUGAGGAGUUCCGUCCCACAAUGAUCAAGAGCUUACUUGAAAAAUCGUCUUCCUCAGGGCAUCUCGAAGGCAUGUCGUUACUUUCGCUCAAAAACGAGGCGUUGCUCUCGUAUGUGAAUAGCUUGGUGCUUGUGCUCUUGAGCCAUGUUGAGAGACUCAGGCUGCUGGAGCUGGAGGACAAAGUGGCACCGCUCAAACGGAAAGCGGUCGAGAGCUCAGUGCAGCAGAGAGUCACAUUGGAAAAGGGCAUCAAGCCGCUUGAAAAGAAACUCACCUACCAGUUGGACAAAAUGGUCAGGUCGUUUCAUAAGAUGGAAGAGGAUAAUGCUCGCAUGGAGCAGAAGGUGGCGGAAGCAGCGGCUAACGGCAGUGUAGAAGACGAGGAAGAAGAAAACGAAGAUGAAGAAGACGAAGAUGAAGAAGAUGAAGAAGAUGAAGACGAUUCCGACGAAGAUGCUCUUUCUUACAAGCCCGAUGCUUCGGCGUUGAAGAAAAUGGCCAAGGCGUCAUUGGCCAAGAACGGGAAACCUGCUCCUGGCGGGAAGUACAGACCCCCAAAGAUCUCUGCUGCUGCUCCACCCACCCAGUUUGACGACAGAGCCAUCUCGGCCAAGAGCAAGAGGAAGUUGCAGAGUAUGGAGGAGUACUUGCGAGAAUCUUCUGAUUUGCCCCAGAUGGAAGCAUCUAUUGGUGCAACCAUCUUGGGCCAUGGCAGAGGCGGUGUGAAAACAAGCAGAGACAGUCAAAAGGAGAGAGAAAUCCAGAGGUACGAGGAGUCCAACUUCACGAGAUUGCCCACAACAGCCACGAAAAAGACUCACAGACAGAAAAUGGCCGAACGUGCCAAUACCUUUGCAGGUGAGGACUGGUCCAUGUUCAACAACAACAGGAGCCUCAAGGAGGGAACUUCAAGAAAAAGAAAAGGAGGAAGCGCCUGGGACCCUGCAAAGAGAUCCCGUCACUAG